CGUCACGUAGAUAUUUACCAUUAACUGGUUUAUGUCUUACAGAUUAUCAAAGUAAUCGAGUGAAGCAUGUGCAGUAUCGUGUCGCAUGAGCGUAGGCACAAUUCCUGUAUGUAUAUAUAUUUUUGAUGAAUGAAAAUCCGCGGAUGACGAAUACAGGCGCGUCUUCCAUUUAUUUUCGGUCACGUUAAAUAUACACACGUUCAAUGUGUCACGAGUUUAACCACCGAAAGCGCGAGCAAAGGAACGAUAGAUACAUGCACGAAAAAUAGCUGCCAAACCCGGUUGUGUUCGGCGGGUGGAUUAAAGUUGUGUCAGUGUGCGCAGAAUUCGAAUCUCAGUUCUCGAAGAAUUGUUCUAAAAAUACGAUGUACAACAAAUACACGUAUUCGUAUCGGGAUUUGCGUCGGUCCAGCAUUUCUCCCUCCUUUUCUCUUUCUCUCCCCAAAUGCCAUGUGUAUAUGCACAUGCCCCCGCAGAAUGUUUGGCAAAUUGCCGAUGUUAUUCCCUCCUCGCGAUUCACGGACGUUCCUCUACCUCCCUCGCCUCCUCCCCCUCACUCUCUCGCGUUUCAUUUCCAUCUGUGACCCAUUAUCCCUAUUCACGAUGAUCGUCCAAGUCCUCGGCAGCAAGAGGUUUACCAUGCAAACAACACAGUUCUCUUCAGUAUUAAUCGAACCACCGAAUACACCGGACGUAGUCGAAUACCGCUGCUGAUUUUGGUCGGAAGCACACCUACAAUUGCACCUUGAUUUGCAUUUAGGAUAAAAAGUUUUUCAAGAAGAAGGAAGUAAUAUAAGAACUGAUACAAACAAACCAAAACCACUAAAAUAUCGAAUAGAAGAUGAGAAAUUAAACAAACUUAUCAAAUUAUUUUUUUUCGUUUUAAUAUAUAAGUAAACAUAGUAGAAUUAGAGAAUUACGUGAAUACCAACUUUCUAAGUGACGUUUUCUUCUAUUGUCUUUGAUUGCUUCGAAACUGCAGAAACUGUGAUAUCGGUGUAUAUUGAAGUGUAAGUCACGCAGGAGAUAAGCUUUCGUUAUUACACAAACAGUGCGGUCAUUCGGUUCGGUUACAUAAAAGAAAUCGUAAUAUAUACUAGAUAAUUGUUUUUCUUUCGAAACGAUAUUCGCAGCCUGCCAACAAACACAUCAAACAAUUCAGGAAGUCUAUCGGGACAGUCAACGCAGCGAUGGGAAUGAUAACGAGAGUUCGGGGCCGGGUAAGAGCGAAUUCGUUGACCGUCGACAAAGAGAGAACGGCCCAGAGCGUUUGUCUCUUGAGUGCUAUUUUGCUGCUGCCUUACUGCCCCCGAGGACCGUUGCCCCUGCUGCCACCCCCGGCGCCAGCCCUCUACUCCGCCCUGGUGCUUCCGGUUGUUCUCAGCGCGAAUUACCGGUACCCGGUAUCGGCCCUAAAGACGAUCGUCGAAGCCACGAAAGGUGGCGUCAAGAAGGCAUGGAAACCGCUGAGCAGCUUGCUGAUGCGAAUUUACGCGCCAAUCGAUAGGGUAGAAAAUGUGUUUGCCAAGAUGCGGAACAUAUCAAUAAUGCUCAAUCAGAUAGUCUUCCUGACGCUGGCCGACAAGAUCCUCGUACCCAAAGAGCGGAUGACCUGUCUCUACACCUUGAUGUUCUACAAUGUGAUAGCCUACUGCGUCAGCUACAUAAAGGAGCUCGUAGAGAAGGAAGACUGGUCACCGUACGUAACGUUGACGGAACGAUCACAAAUCAAGCACCUGGCCAUGUCAGCGACAAAGAUCGUGCUCGAGUGGACCAAGGCUGUCACCUUCCUCGUCACCCUGACGUUUGUGCUCCUUGUUUUCGGACUAGAACAGGGUUUGCAGCACUACAAACCCUCCACAACGUACACAGUGAUAACAUGGGCAUAUUACGCGGCGACGGAGAAGGUCUUUGUCGACAUGUUUCCCGGUAUCCUGAGCGCCCUGCAGCUCGAUGUACUAGAGAAUAUAGAGAAUUUGUACGCUCCGGUAAUUCUGCGUUGCUUCACCGUCGGCGUCUCCGCACUGUUUACUCUCAUACUGCUACCCAGCGCCUCGUGGAAGUUUCUCCUCUUCGCUGCUUACCUCAACGUUUUUCUCAGAUCCAAGGAGCUGCUGCGCGAAUCCAUCGCCGUCCUCAGACAUGAGAGAGAGGUUUUAAACCGGUAUAGAAAGGCCACGAACGAAGAGAUCGAGAGGUUCGACGACGUUUGCGCCGUCUGCCUCUGCAGCAUGGUCAAGGCUCGCGUCACUCCUUGCCAUCAUAUAUUUCACGCAGAUUGUUUGAGGCAGUGCUUGAAGAGCAGCGAUAAAUGCCCGAUGUGCAAGAGGGAAUUAAAAUUCGACUGAAACACUAGAACAACGCUGUUUACUUGUCGACAAGAACUCGUCUAGUUAUUAAACAAGACGAGUCGCAAUGGCAUUUUUUGAAUAGCAGUUAUCGAACGAGAGAAAUGAUUAAAACAAUGAAGAAAAGCAAUUCGUUAAAUACUGCGUUAAGGGACAAAUUUUAGUCCUAGGCAAAAUGGCAAACGAAAUUGGUAAGAGCGGAAAAAAAAAAAUGCUGAGCAGAGUUUACUUCGUAGUGCAUAGUUUUUUCACUGUUUCAAGUUAUAAAAUUAGACUAGUUUGAAAGUAUGAGGAUUGUAUGCUUGAAAUUAUCGCGCGAAUAAUUCAAUAAUUUAUGUUAGUGGUCGAUUGGUCUAGAUAUACAAUUUUUAGCUAAUGUAAAAUGUCAAGCACACACGCACGCACUCAUACUUGUAUUCCUUUAGAUUAAUUUCGCUGUGAUAAGCACUGAGUCAUGUCUGUAUCUUUUUCUGUACUUUUCUCUCUCUCUCUUUCUUAGCUGCAAAGCUUUCCAAGAUAAACUGUGACGUAAUUCUUAUUAUUAUUACUUAAUAGGAAGUACGUUUAAUAUAUCGUAUGAAUAAUACCAACUACAUAAACUUUAUGUUUAAAAUCAGUUCUGUAUUGCCGAAUCGAUUUGAAGAAUUGGGGAUAAAUAUUUUUCCAAACGUGAUUCAAACGUUGCUUCAUACCUCAAAUGGUUUUUUAUUAUUUGAAAUUUCUUCUACGAUAUGUCGAGACUAUAUUUUGCUGACUGUCGCUAAAUUUUACCAUCAUUACUUAAAAAAAUUAAAAAUAAAAAACACCUAAUCGUACGUAAAUAAUUUUAAGCUAGAACACUGUUUUAUACCAGAAUAAUAAAGUUACGCCAAUUUAACA